AUGCUCACCGCGCCGUCGUUCCUAGCACUCGACAUGUCGCAGAGCCAGUCGGGGAAACGCCGUUGCGAGACGGUCUCCUCUGGCGUGGACCACUCCUCGUUACCCAACUCUAGACCGUCCACGCAUUUCAGACGUCGCCAGCCCCCCAAGAAGAAGCACCGGGAUGCCAACGUCUCUAAUGUCGAGCCCGACAUGAGCGGCGGCGAAGAUGCAACUGACGGCGGUAUACAGGCUGUCGCCUCGGUCGCACGACGCGCUUGUCGCACUCGCAUUCUGUCCGCCGAGGAGAAGCGUCAGCGCUUCAAGGAGAAGUACAAGGGUAUGACUCCGGAGCAGAUACUCGCGACUGUGUCUGAGGGGUGGCGAUCAAGUGUCUACCAGCACUACCGCGCCCCGCAGAUCAUUCCUGGCCCAAACGGCACAUCAAUCUAUCGAUUCAUCUGCAAGAAGUACCCUUCAAAGCACGUCGACCGUGCCGACUCGGAGGAUUCGACCGGGAAUCUUCGCAAACACGCCGACUGUUGUGAUCCCAAUGAGACCCCCGAAUCGGAUCUGCUCUCUAUCUAUGCUCUAAGGCUGAACAUGGAUCUACCUGUGGAUUAUCCGGACUCGAACCUACGGGUAAUUCACAAUUGA